AUGGGUUCUCACAUGAGCCCGCACAGCCAGGCGCAGCUGGAGCCCGCUGGACCAGAAGGUGGUAUUUUAGAGGAAGACAUCGACUCCUCGCUUGGGGAUGACGCGACAACUUCAACAGCCUCAAUCUCCUCUAGCAUUCUCGAGUACAGAAACUAUCAAGGCCGGACCUUUCACAGCGACAAGUACAACACGGAUCCUCUCACUCCGAAUGACGAGCAGCAGAGAAUAUCAAUUGAUAUCACACACCACUACCUUACGUUACUUCUGGACGGCAAACUCACGCUUGCCCCGAUAAAAGAAGACAUGGAGAAAGUGCUUGAUGUAGGGACUGGGACUGGAAUCUGGGCAAUCGACUUCGCCGACGAACAUCCAAACACCGAAGUCAUCGGCACAGACCUCUCUCCAAUCCAACCAAGCUGGGUCCCUCCAAACGUCAAAUUCGAGAUUGAAGACGCAACAAACACCUGGAGCUGGUCUGACAAUACCUUCGAUUUAGUCCACAUGCGCUAUCUUAUCGGCUCAAUCACUGACUGGGGCGCGCUCUUCAAAGAGGCUUUCCGAUGCUGCAAGCCAGGCGGGUUUGUUGAGUCCGUGGAAGUGAACCCUAUUUUCCUGAGUGAUGAUAAUACUAUUGCCAGUGACUCACCUAUAAAGACAUGGAAUCAAGUUUGUGAAGAAGGCGGAAAGGCUUUUGGCCGGAGUUUGUGUGAGGUUUCGGACGAUGUGCAGCUGCUUCAUGCCGCUGGAUUCGUGGAUAUUCAGGUCACUGAUUUCAAGGUUCCUGUUGGGGGAUGGGCUAAGGACACCAAGUUACGACGCGUUGGUCAGUUUCUUCGCGCAACUAUCGAGAACGACCUUGAAGAAGAACCCAACCCCCAAAACCUCAUUUCACUCUCAUAUCGUAGCAACAUGGUUACUGGCCCUGGACGUCCCGGCAAAGCUUGCAGUAUAUGCAAAAAGCAAAAGAUACGUUGCUCGGGAGAGAGACCGAGCUGCAGGAGAUGUGUCAGACUCAAAAAUGCAUGCUACUACGACAACAACGUUGUUCACGUUCGAGCACGAAAAGAUAAAAGUAGAGCCACAUCUCGAAUCGAUAGAUCUGUUGUACCUCAUUCACAGUCUUUGGCAUCUGCACCUUCACUUGAUGUAACCAACAAUUUCUACCAAGGAGUUCCACCAUCCUUAGUCCCCAUUCUCAUCGACCUAUACUUCGAAAACGUCUACCAAUCAGACCUCUUCCUGCACAAACCAUCAUUCUUACAGACACUCGCCAAUCAGACUGUUCGACCGCAUAUAUUUCUCAGCAUAUGCGCAUGGGGAGCAAAUUUCUACCGCGAUGACGCUGGUAAAGCUACACUAAAAGAAGCAGGCCUUAUGACUGAAUGGGCAAAGAAAGCUGGUACACUCGUGUUCCAAGAAGCCGAGGAGCUUCACGAGGAUAAUAUUCAAGUUUAUGCUCGGUGCCUUCACGAUACACACAAACGCGAUCCACCAAUAAUCUCCAAUGAACCCAGGUAUACAGAUGGGUCUGUAUUCUCUACUUUCAACGUGGAUCUGCUAGCUGCAAAGUCGUCUAUUUUGGAGUUUACUGGGAUACUAAGAUCCGGUGAUAACGGAUACGUUAAAUCCGGGGAGGAGAGCCUUGAUCUUUCAUCGAUCCAACCAGAUAGUACGACAUUAUGUCAGAGCCCGAACCCUGUCGUCGAUACGAAGCUUGAAACUCAUACUAUGGAGAACCGGCCUUUAGAAAGAACGCCGCAUACUCCCCACACAAACAUGGAACAGCAACAAGCCGUUGGUCAGCUUGAUUCGGGUGGAAAUGAAUGGCCGACUUUGGACAUCUUUGGUUCUCUUUUGGACGCAGAUAUUACAAGCUUUCUGUCAAUGGGCGAGAAUGUGGACUUCUCGUUCCUAAACACAGAUAUGACGUCUUGGGGUUUCGGUGAUGAGAUUCAAAAAGGCUAG